GCUACAUCAGCCGAGUGAUAAAAAAUAAUGGCACUUAUCGCGAGCGUACAUAAUGAUACAUAUGUAUUAGUUGGUUGUCUCAUAUCCCCACCCAGCUCGAAUGUCAUAAUAAUAAGUGUACGUUGUCAGCACUUUUUCGUAGUUCACUCAAGAUUGAGCUCUUAUUCGGUCCAUGACGAAUUUAUCUCGUUUUUUCUAUUAUCUGUCGAAAUUAUUUAAUAAUAUGCUAAAAAUACGUGAACAAUUGCCGCACUUUCCAUAAAAAUUUUCAUAUAUUGUAUAUAUAAAAUUCUCGCACGUGCUUUCCCUUUUACCAACGCACAGAAGAUAAAUCCAGAUAAAUUGCUAUUGUUUGAAAAUAUCGGCGAUAUCAAUCAACGAGAAGCAGAAUGUUCUUAGCGCGUUGGUCUGCCGUUUCACGUUUCGCGAAUCAUGCCGGUAAGAUUGGUGCGUGCCAGAUAUCGAGCUAUUGUAAAAUUGACGAGAGUAUCUUUGGACUGAGCGACGAACAGCGAGAGCUUCGCUCGCUUGUUUUCAAUUUUGCGCAAAAGGAACUAGCGCCUAAGGCCGCCGAAAUCGACAAGAAAAAUAAUUUCGAUGGACUAAGGAUAUUUUGGAGGGAGUUGGGUAAACUGGGCCUGUUGGGUCCAACGGUGAAGUCAGAAUACGGUGGCACAGGUGGCACAUAUCUCGAUCAUAUAAUUAUCAUGGAGGAAAUAAGUAGAGCAUCAGCUGCCAUCGGGCUCAGCUAUGGUGCACAUUCGAAUCUUUGCGUCAAUCAAAUUCAUCGAAACGGCACGGAGGAACAAAAGCGCAAAUAUUUGCCCAAGCUGUGCAGCGGUGAACACAUCGGCGCGCUUGCAAUGUCAGAGCCAGGCUCCGGGUCCGACGUCGUCUCCAUGAAGCUACGGGCCGAGAAAAAGGAUGAUCACUACGUACUGAACGGCAAUAAGUUCUGGAUCACCAACGGUCCGGACGCGGACGUGAUGGUCGUCUAUGCGAGGACAGAUCCGAGCGCGGACAGGCCGCAGCAUGGUAUCACCGCCUUCGUCGUCGAGCGUGGUACAGAAGGCUUCAGCUCGGCACAGAAAUUGGAUAAGCUGGGAAUGCGUGGCUCCAACACGGGUGAAUUAAUUUUCGAGGACUGCAAAGUGCCGGCCGCGAAUGUUUUGGGAGAAGUUAAUAAAGGUAUUUAUGUACUCUUCAGUGGACUAGAUUUAGAACGGUUGAUACUAUCCGGUGGACCUUUGGGAAUUUUGCAAGCUUGUUGCGACGUCGCCUUCGAAUAUGCCCAUUCGAGACAGCAAUUCGGCGAGUAUCUUGCGCAAUUCCAGUUGAUUCAGGGGAAAAUAGCGGACAUGUACACGGCUCUGAGCUCGAGCAGGAGCUACCUGUACUCCGUCGCGAGGUCCUGCGAUGCCGGCCACAUAAAUCGCAAGGAUUGCGCCGCGGUACUUCUCUAUUCUGCCGAGAACGCAAUGAAAGCAGCGUUGGACGCUGUACAGAUACUCGGUGGUAACGGGUAUAUCAACGAUUAUGUGACGGGGAGACUGUUUCGAGAUGCAAAGCUCUACGAAAUCGGUGCGGGCACCAAUGAGAUACGACGUAUAGUCAUCAGCCGAGCGAUCACCGAGGAAUAUUUAUGAGACGACAAGAUCCUCGCUUCGAUUUCAUCUCUACGCCGUGACAAAUGCGUAACGUAGCAUUAAAUUUAUGGAUUUAAUUGAAUUGGUAAAAUUGAAUGAAGAAGAUAAUUUUAUUUUAUCUUUACGUAAAUUGAACCGUUAUCGCAUUUCGAUAGUCGAUGAUGAAUUAUUUGCGCGAUUAUUUAUGACAUAUGUCAUACCAUAUGUUAACGCUCAACGAAGGUACUCGGGCGUCUCUCUGAAAUAGACGUUCCUAUUUUUAUCCAUCUGUUAAUUUUAUAUUACUUUUUAUAUUGUUUGAAAUUUGCAUUGUUGUACUUGGUAAGACCAGGUAAAAUUUAUUGGUUCUAUACAUUAAAUAUCUUUUAUACGUGAAA